AUGGACUCGCUCAUACCAUUCACAACGUCUGGGUCGCUUGUGGAUUGCGUCGACAGGAAAAUGCUGGUUGUACUGCGAGACGGUCGGAAGCUUCAAGGCGUUUUGCGCUCAUAUGACCAGUUCGCAAAUCUGGUCCUCGAAGACACCGUCGAGAGGAUAUACUACCGUGAUUUCUUCGCAGAAUCAUGGAAGGGUCUUUUCCUGAUCCGUGGCGAGAACGUUGUACUACUUGGUGAAGUCGAUCUGGACAAGGAGGACGAUGUUCCGCUACGACAGGUGCCGUGGGAGGAGCUCUUGCCUUACCACAGGCAGGAAAUUGCAACAAAGAAGAAGCGGGAAGAAGUGAAGGCACAGGUCCUGUUCGAGCAGAAGGGAUUCUGCAAGGAGGGCGGCGAAGGGGACGGUUACUGA